CCUUAGUCCCCUGGAGUCCAGAAGAGACCAUAGCUCCAGCUGCCCCCUUCUGGGUCCGCACCAUGGCCACCUACUGUCAGCCCCUUUGGGCCUAUCGCCUCUACCUGAUUGUGGUGAUCCUGCCCAUUCUCCUGCUGCCUCUGCCCAUCCUCAUCCCCGAUAAGAAAGUCUACUGUGGCUACUCCAUCAUCCUCAUGGCACUCUUCUGGAGCACGGAGGCUCUGCCGCUGGCUGUCACUGCCCUCUUGCCCAUCGUCCUGUUCCCCAUGAUGGGCAUAAUGGAUGCUUCCGAGGUCUGCCUCGUGUACCUUAAGGACACCAAUAUCCUAUUCAUCGGCGGGCUGAUGGUGGCCAUUGCGGUCGAGCAUUGGAACCUGCACAAACGCAUCGCCCUCCGAGUGCUCCUCAUCGUCGGGGUGCGGCCCGCUCUGCUGAUGCUGGGCUUCAUGCUGGUCACAGCCUUCCUGUCCAUGUGGAUCAGCAACACAGCCACCACGGCCAUGAUGGUGCCCAUCGCACACGCCGUCCUGGAACAGCUGCACAAGAGCCCCGCGGGCCAGGACCUCGAGGAGGGCAAGGACAACCCCACCUUUGAACUUCAGGAAGCAGGUUUCCAGAAGGAAGCGACCAAACUUGAUAAUGGGCAGGUCCACCCUGUCCCACCUGGUCCUUUGAAGUCAAAGUCUCAGAGGGACCAGGAACAGCUCCGCUUUUCCCAGGGCAUGAGCCUGUGCGUGUGCUACUCGGCCAGCAUCGGGGGCAUCGCCACACUGACUGGCACCACACCCAACCUGGUGCUGCAAGGCCAGGUCAACGAGCUCUUCCCGCAGAAUGACAAUGUGGUGAAUUUUGCCUCCUGGUUCGCCUUUGCCUUCCCCACCAUGAUCAUCUUGCUGCUGCUUGCCUGGCUGUGGCUUCAGGUCCUCUUCCUGGGGUUCAACUUCCGGAAGAACUUUGGCUUUGGGGGACAGGUGCAGGAGCAAGAGAAGGCGGCCUUCCAAGUCAUCAGGAAAGAGCACAAGCAGUUGGGCCCUAUGACCUUUGCAGAAAUUACUGUCACAUUCCUCUUUGUCCUCCUGGUGCUGCUCUGGUUUACUCGGGAGCCAGGCUUUUUCCUCGGCUGGGGCAACCUGGCUUUUCCCGAUGACAAAGGGAAAAGCAUCGUGUCCGAUGGGACAGUGGCCAUCUUCAUCAGCAUAAUUAUGUUCAUCGUGCCCUCCGAGAUCCCAGGGCUGACUCAGGAUCCAGAAAAACCAGGGAAGCUGAAGGCCCCUCCUGCCCUUCUCAACUGGAAGACAGUGAAUGAGAAAAUGCCCUGGAAUAUCAUGAUCCUGCUGGGAGGCGGCUUUGCCCUAGCCAGGGGCAGUGAGGAAUCGGGCCUGUCAGCGUGGCUGGGGCAGAAACUGACCCCACUGCAGGAUUUGCCUGCUCCCGCCAUCACCUUCAUCCUCUGCCUCCUGGUGGCCACCUUCACCGAGUGCACCAGCAACGUGGCCACCACCACUCUCUUCAUGCCCAUCCUGGCCUCCAUGGCCCAGGCCAUCUGCCUCCACCCUCUCUAUGUCAUGCUCCCGUGCACCCUGGCCGCCUCCCUGGCCUUCAUGCUGCCUGUGGCCACCCCGCCCAAUGCCAUCGUCUUCUCUUUCGGAGGCCUCAAAGUGUCUGAUAUGGCCCGAGCGGGAUUCCUGCUCAACAUCCUCGGCGUGCUGGUCAUCAUGCUGGCCAUCAACAGCUGGAGCUACCCCAUCUUCAGCCUGCACACCUUCCCCUCCUGGGCCCACCUCAACACCACCUCCCAGUGCUUGUCUGGCCAGGCAAACGCCACCAUGCCUGGCCCCUAGACCAGGGUAUAGUCUGGCCGAGACCAGGAAGACCCGACCAGUCCCUACUCCUGAGUCGGGUGGAGACACCCAGGCUCCAAGCCAAACAGGGAGAGGAAGGGACAUGUGCACACAGCCUGGUGUGUGCCUGUUGGGGGCUGUGUGUGCACUCAGUCCUGUGUGUCUGAAGACAAUGUGUAUAUAGUAUGUACAUGUCUGUAUGAGGAUGUCUGAGAGGGGGUUUGUGUGUGUGUGUAUGAUCCUAAGGAUACGUGCUUAGCAGCACAUGCGUGUAAGUUCACAGAUGGUACGACAUGCCCUCUCUGGCACCCCAGGUCUUGAUUUCCCCAGCUUGGUGCGUGACCCCUUUGUACUAUAUUUAUUGAAGCUCAAGAUUGGGGUGGCCUGGGUAGCAGGGCCUACCAGCGGUUGCCAUGGCAAUAGCCUCUGGGACCUGCCCAGCAUACUGUGUUUUCCCAGCCUUUCUGGUUUGGGGAAAGGGUGCGAAUAUUAGUCACAUUAAAGCUUUUUUUAGUCGA